AGGCGCGUCUCCGCCGUCUAAAUGGAAGUGAAGGCUGCAGCAGGAGAGAGGAGGUGAGUUGGUGUUUCUGACUUUAACCUCCUUUAAUUUAAAGUUUUAGAUCUUUUAUAAACUUCUGUAUGAACUCUGAUCAGAUGAGGAGGUGUCGGCUCGGUUUAAGGCCCAACUGUCAGGUCUUUGGUUCACACAGAGGUGUGUUAGCGGGUGUUUGAGCUAAUGUUAGCCGCUCUGUCAGACUGACCUUACAAACAUUUAAAGCUCCAGUCAGGAGAUUUUCACUGUUAUUUAAACGAGUUCUUCUUCAUGAUGUCUCUUUAGAUGACACUGAUGUAAGUGCUGACAGUUUUAUUCAGGACUUUAAAGUAGAGCUGGGCGAUACGGGAAAAAGUUUAUCACGAUUUCUUAUAUCAGCUGAUAUGGAUCAAUAUCAGGAUAUAAAAAUCUAUCAGUGUUUAUUGGUCUCAUGUCUUUUCCAACACAAUAAUCUCCUGCAUCUGUGAGGUCUUUGUGUCUCUGUUUUGUCGUAAGGCGUUGCUCUAGAGAAAGCCGACUGAACGGUCGUCUGUUUCAGCUGCACAGGCGUCAGUUUUAGGUCCAACUCAUUUUAGUAAAGAUUAAAAACAGAGUUGGUCCUAAAACUGACCCCUGUGCAGCUGAAACAGACGACCAAACGGCCAAUUUUAGCCCAUAUGAGACUAAGCGGUAAUCAGCCAAAACUCGCAGAUUUUCGCUGAUAUUUUCAGAAAUAAAAUGCAGAGAAUAAAGCUCCUUUUAAACCGGGAGGGGCUUUUUUUUUUUUGUGCAAUUAUUUUGGACAUCAGUAUUUUUUAUCCUGUCAACACAAGCGUCACAUCAGCAACGUUUUCCCGUCCUGUGACAUUUCGGCAUUUAUUUUUUCGGAUCACGGUCGAUCUUUCUAAAGUUUCUCAGACUGUGUGUCCACUUCUGACCAAUCAGAUUUCGUGUUGUUGCGACGUUAGAUUCAGCGGUAUAUCCAACAUGGCCGACCGGCUGAUUGUUUCCGUGUCGGAGAACAGAGUGAUUUUUGAUAAAGACACAAACAUUACAAAGAUAACGACCUGAAGGACGACUUGUGGAGAGUCAUAGUGUCGGAUUUCUCCGAUGACGAUGGUUUGUGAGCUUUAACAGUUUGAUAAACGUCUUUGUUUGAACCUUCAUCUGUGCUAACGUAACUUUAGCUCUAAGCUAACCUGUUCAGAUACAACAGACCAUCUGUAUUUUCACUGUAAACUCAGUCACAGCUCCAUCAGGUCUCUGUUGUUCCCUCACGUUUAUGGAUUAUAGUUUAAUGUUCUUAUCUGGUUCUGACCCGACUCAGUCUAUCAUGACAGACAGACAUCUCAACACUAGAGUCUGAUCAGAACUGAGAAACACUCAGUCUGCUGUUGUUUACCGAGUCGCCAUCACUUGAAGCUGAAGUAGACUCCAAGGGAAGAUCCCGCCCUCCUCCGCCUCUGAUUGGCUAUAAUUUCUGAUUGUUUAGCUUGAGCAUGUGAUGAUGUUUCCAUUUUUUAGCCAAUCAGAGGCGAAGGAGGCGGAACUUUCCCCGGGAAAAGUCGUCCCCGGGAUUUUAUUUAAUUUUAUUUAAGAGUAAAAAAGUGCAGGUACAUUCUAAAAAUACAAAUACAUUUCUGUUAAUUUAUUUUCAUUUAAAUUAUGACACUAAUUUGCUUCCAUACCCCUCCUCCUUCUUUAACACUGACUCAUUACUGCCCCUUGUUGGUGUACAGUUGUAUUUGCUAACGCGUCACUGAUAGGUCAUGCCCUUUGACCCCAGGGUCACAAAGGAGGACCUGAGCUGACAUGUCAAUUUGUGUGUGUGUGUGUGUGUGUGUGUGUGUGUGUGUGUGUGUGUGUGUGUGUGUAUGCUCUGGUGUUGGAUGUGUGAAAGGUCAGGGACACUUCCUGUUUGUUGAUGUCCUGCUGUCUUGUAGUGUAAAGGUCAAUGACAUUUGCUCUGUGUGUGUGUGUGUGUGUGUGUGUGUGUGUGUGUGUGUGUGUGUGUGUGUGUGUGUGUGUGUGUGUGUGUGUGUCAGUUGUACCUCAUCAGAACAAACUUCUGUAAAAACUCUGAUUCUGUAAAUUUACUCUUUAUUCAGCGUUUGAACACAAUCUGUCAGAGUUCGUUUAAAGGUGAAGUCGACAGGAAUCUGUUAAAGAAGCAUCUUUUUAUUUUUGUCUGUCUGUCUGUCUGUUGGUAAACGAACAUCAGGUUGAUUUCCUGUAAGUUCCUGAUCAGCUGAUCAGCUGUAAUGAACCCUGUAGUUCUGGGUGAUCGUCCUCCUCCUCUCUGUCAUCAUUAAUCACAGAGAAUAAAGAGCUCAGCUGACUCUAAACCUCCACAGACUGGAUAAUACAGACCGCCGUCCUCACAGGUAUAGGAACAGACGUGUGUGUGUGUGUGUGUGUGUGUGUGUGUGUGUCUGACUGAUGGAGCGACAGAUCAAUAACGGAGGAUUUCCUUCAGUCCCAGCUGACCGGACAGAAUCUCUACGUCUAAUCGCAGCUUUCAGUCUGAGUUCUGCCGCCGCCGCCAUCACUGUCACUGUUCACACCGCGCUCCUAAACAGCUGUUAUCCAGAGUCACACCUGUUUCUGCAGGUUUACACACCGACCACCUUCACAAGGAGAGCAGAGAGAGACCCCCGAGUUAGUGACGUCUGAGUGUUAGUGAGAGACAGAGAAACGUGUGUGUCUGACCUCGCCAUGGCGCCCUCCUGACUCAGUUAAAGGUGGGGUAGACAGGAUCGCUCGUAUCGUUCCAGUUAAAUUCAGAUAUAAUGCAGAUAAAUCCUUCAGAUCAUUACAAAUGGGGCCCAGUCAAGGUGAAAGUCAAAAGCAUUGGUGCUACUGUAGAUGCCAACAGACCACCAGCAAACACAAUGUUUGCAGGACUUCUACAACGAGGAUAAAGUGACAUAGUCCAGGACCCGAGGGAGGACAGUUUAGCGAUGGCGCUACAACACGCUACAGCAGGUCCGUUUGACAAGAAACACUUCUGUUACAGACACUUGUCUUACUUUGUUAAAGCGGUUUACCUGUCCAGCAGAAAGGUUACAGGGUCACCAAGAUCCCCAAGCGUCCCCCAUCGUUUAUGUUGACCCGUCUUUUUAGCUCUUGUCCGGUCUACCUCCGUUUUAAGCGCCCGUUAUUCCUCCAGAGUCUCCGGUAUUUACUUUGUUUUCUUGCUUGUGUCGGCAGUCGUGGCCAAAGGAGGAUUCGGACAAUUUUCCGAACUUUCUGGUUGGUUUCUACUGUCCGAUAUUGUAGCACGCUAACUUUGUUUGGGCUCCUGAACGACACGGGGGAGCAGCGUCUGCCUCACAACCAAUCAGGUUAGAGGAGGUGGAGAACACGGCGAUAUUAUUAUAUUACCAAAUGUCAUCAAUAACUAAUAACUAUUGACUGAUAUUUAAGGAUUUUUGUUUAUAAAACACAGAAUAAAGAUUCUGUCUGACUGUAUGUUGAGGUAAACUCUGAUCUUUGGUCGUUCAUGUUCAGAUAUUUAGUUAAAGUCUGAACUCUCUUCAGUUUACUCACAGCUGUGGUUUUCAGUUUAAAGGAGCACUCUGUAGAUUUUUUCAGUACUGUGUUGUUGUCUGUUGUCCUUGUGGUUCUGGUUCAGUCAGAACCUCUGUGGUUCAGUCCGAACCUCUGUGGUUCAGUCAGAACCUGUUCCCUGAGCUCCAGCUGGACUUUGUUUGAUUCGUCUGUUGGUUGUUUCUCACUUUGAAUCAGCGCCGUGAGCCUCAGAUUGAGUUUUCCAUCUCCUCUCCGCCUGGUGGAUCAAGGCCCCGGCGUUCCCACAUCGAUCGCUUCCUCUCCUGUUCAGAGCCGCGGAAGAAUCCGUCUGGGACACAUCAGCCCGUGACCCGAACCUGAUCGCCCGCAGCCCAUCCAUCUAUCCGUCCGGCCCCCGCCCUCCGUCCUCACAUCCAUCAUCUCCCCUCCAGCCCUCCUCAGCUCCUCUCUGCACCAAUAAGUAAGAGAACAGGUGUGUGUGUGUGUGUGUGUGUGUGUGUGUGUGUGUGUGUGUGUGUGUGUGUACAUGUGUGUGUGUGUGUGUGUGUGUACGUGUGUGUGUGUGUGUACAUGUGUGUGUGUGUGUGUGUGUGUGUGUGUGAGACACGCUCAGAGGUGUGUAUUGUUGUGGUCUUUCACUGUGUUGAACAUCUUAUCGAUCUCCGCUCUGCCCUCUCGUUUCCCUUUCAUCUCAACUCGCUAUAAUCUCAGAGAGCGGCUCUGAGGGGUUCUGUUCGGGUUCUUCAGUCUGGUUCUGCCCGGGUUCUUCAGUCUGGUUCUGCUCGGGUUCUUCAGUCUGGUUGUGCUCGGGUUCUUGGGUCUGGUUCUGCUCGGGUUCUUUGGUCUGGUUCUGCUCAGGUUCUUCAGUCUGGUUCUGCUGGUGUUCUUGGGUCUGGUUCUGCUCAGGUUCUUCAGUCUGGUUCUGCUGGUGUUCUUGGGUCUGGUUCUGCUCAGGUUCUUCAGUCUGGUUCUGCCCGGGUUCUUCAGUCUGGUUCUGCUGGUGUUCUUGGGUCUGGUUCUGCUCAGGUUCUUCAGUCUGGUUCUGCCCGGGUUCUUCAGUCUGGUUCUGCUGGUGUUCUUGGGUCUGGUUCUGCUCAGGUUCUUCAGUCUGGUUCUGCUGGUGUUCUUGGGUCUGGUUCUUCCCGGGUUCUGCCCUGCUUUUGGGUCUGGUUCUGCUCAGGUUCUUCAGUCUGGUUCUGCUGGUGUUCUUGGGUCUGAUUCUGCUCGGGUUCUUCAGUCUGGUUCUGCUCGGGUUCUUGGGUCUGGUUCUGCUCGGGUUCUUCAGUCUGGUUCUGCUGGUGUUCUUGGGUCUGGUUCUGCUCGGGUUCUUUGGUCUGGUUCUGCUGGUGUUCUUGGGUCUAGUUCUGCUCAGGUUCUUUGGUCUGGUUCUGCCCGGGUUCUGCUGGUGUUCUUGGGUCUGGUUCUGCUGGUGUUCUUGGGUCUGGUUCUGCUCAGGU